AUGAAUAUCAACAGCCAAUUCCCACCUUCGUCACCGUUGCUCCAUAGUGAGAACGAGCUGGACAACAUUCCCUUCAAGGACGGGUUUGAAUCGCUAUCCAAAGCAAAACCAUACAAGAAUGAACAGAGGGAAAAGGACAGAUACGAUGCUUAUCUGACGCCUGACCCGUCCUCAUCAUUGGGGGAUGUUACCAUCACCAGUGACCACUCAGAAGCCGACGAAUCGAUGGUGAAGAUCACUGCCGACUCGUCACCUUCUAAAAUAUCUAGAGUUGCACCAGAGGCGGGCUUCUUGCAGGAGUCCAAGAGAGCUAAGCCUGAUGGAAUGUCCGGGAUCGACGUGUUGCAACCAUUGAGCACGAAAAAUUUCCAAAACGUCAUGUACAUUCCUUUGAAUGGAGAUGUUUUCAAGAUUGGUAGAUCUGGACUCUCCUGUAGCUUCAAAUUGAACUCUAGUAACAAGCUGAUUUCCCGGGUACACGCAGAGGUUCAAUUCGACACGGAGACGCAAAUGAUAGUGCUUAAGUGUCUUGGGUUCAAUGGACUGAACAUCACCAUUCCAAAACUGAUAGGCGUCGAACACAUCAAAGACAAAGAGUUCUUGAUUACAGUCAACAAAGAUGACUCUGAAGAGGAAAACGAUAAUGUCAACGAGGCCACCUCCUCCGAAUCCCGGAUUCUCACGAGAUCUUCCGCUUUCACAAACUUCUACAUGCUCAAGGACGAGACCAUCAGAAUGCCUCUUAUUGAGGGAACUGUUCUUGACUUCAGAGGCGACUUGGCGUUGCUGGUGUACAAGAAGGAUCCUCUUAAUCUUGUUUCCAAGACUUCCACAGGCCCAAGUAGCGCUCCGGUUGAUGAGCCCAACAAAAGGAAGCUUUCCACCGGAGACUUGCUUAAGAUUGUCGAGGAGAAGAAACUUCAGUUUUCGACACAUCCUACUCUUGCAGAGCUGAAGGAGAAGAAAGAUCUGUCUUCUUCGUCGUCGGGAGCAAGACCAAUUAUGAGAAAGAACUUGGCAAAUACCAUCAUCUACAAACGCGCAAGUCCAGCCCCAUGCGAGAAGCGGCCUGCUGAUGAAGCUGCAGCCAAGAAGGCCAGUGAGAGUCCGAAGGCUGAUGCUGUUUCUCCUGUCAUGUCCGAGCCUGCAAAGACAGUGAAAAAGCCUCUUGCAGACAUCACCAACAAAAACAAGAGUACUGCUGCUGCUGCCUCUUCCACUGAGAAGAAGAAACCUGUCAGUGUUGUCAGCAGUAGCCCUGUCCACCGAGCUGCUGUCUCCCAGGAGAGCGUGCCACCGCUAUUACCAGCAUCAGACACGCCUGCUGUGGAGAAACCAAUCUUUAGGGAAGAACGCAGCAAGACGCCAGAGCCAAAGGGCGCAGAGCUACCUGCCGAGGAGCAGAAGAAACGAGGCCGGGCGAAGAAGACGAAGCAGAGCGAGGAGGACAUCCUUAGAUCGAUGCCGCAGGCAGAGGUAGACGCCGUGCUUUCGACGGUGCCGGAGCUUGCCAACAUCUCGAACCUGGUGACAAACCACAUCGCCUACUCGCGGAUCUUACAGACGCCCUUCAGUUCCAUCUGCGAGCUGAAUUCCAUCAAGAAACACAACCUCACGAAGCUGCAGCUCAGGUGCAUUCUCAUCCACUCUGUGGCCUGCAUCGGCGUCAUCUUCAGACAGGGGAAGGAUGCUGCCGGCAAGCCCUUGGACGAGGAGUACUACUAUAUGCCGGAGAAGGACUCCGACAUCCAUCGUGUGCAACUCGUGGAGGAAUUGAAGGGAUCCUCCUCGCACUUGAGAAGCUGCAGAAAGACCCACAAACAGUACUUCUGGAAGAAACCGAAGCUGUAG